AUGGCCGCCUCCUCCGCGCGGCCCGCCGCCCUGGUCAUGCCAGCGCUGGCGCUGCUCCUGCUGUUGUGCGUGGGCCCAGGUGGCAUAAGUGGAAACAAACUCAAGCUGAUGCUUCAGAAAGGGGAAGCCCCUGCCCCCCCUACGACCCCGGUGACCGUCCAGGAGAGCAGGGCCAAGGAGUUCCUGAGCAGCCUGGGGCGAUUCAGGCGGCAGCUGUGGGACCGCACGCGGCCCGAGGUGCAGCAGUGGUACCAGCACUUCCUGUACUUGGGCUUCGACGAAGCGAAAUUUGAGGAUGACAUCACCUAUUGGCUAAACAGAGGUCGGAACGGGCACGACUACUACGAUUACCAGCAGCGCCACUACGACGAGGACGCUGCGAUCGGUCCCCGGAGCCCCCACAGCUUCAGGCACGGAGCCAGCGUCAACUAUGACGACUACUGA